UUGUCGUCACGGCUGUUGCAAGUGUUUUACGUGUUUUACUACUAUUUUACCUACUUGCUGCGUUCUAUUUAAGAAUAUGUUGAUUUCAAUUAUAACAUCGGAAGCCGAGCUUGAAAAUGUCUUAGGAACUGCUGGUAAUACGUUGGUCAUCUUGGACUUUUAUACCACUUGGUGCGGUCCCUGUAAAACUAUGGAUAAAUAUUUGAAGGUGAUUUCGCACUAUUAUAGAGCGACUGUUCUUAAAAUCGAUGUGGAUCAAUUUCAAGCACUUGCCGAUAGAUAUCGGGUAACAAGUAUCCCAACGUUUAUCUUUAUUAAAAAUGGCAAAAAGUUAUGUAGUUUUUCGGGAGCCAAUACCAAACUAUUUUCACAGAAAAUUGCAAAGUACUGUUAAUACUAAGCUUAAAAAGAAAAAAAAAAUUGAGAACACUUUUAAUAUUAACAGAUCCAAAGUGAUUUUGUUGUUCAAAUUUUGAUGUUAGUUGAGAAAAGUUAUCUAUUUGAAUUGUUAAUAAUAUGUGAUGUUUGUUAAAUAGUUUUGUUUUAUAAAUGUUUUAAAAUGUUGAAAAAGAAUUUUUGUAUAUGUAGUUUCUAGAAAUACACAAUGUGAUAAAGAAGAAAUGCAGAGAAAAAUUCCAUUCCAUUAAAAUUUCAACUAGAUUAAUAUAAGUUACAAUAUGAAGAAAAGCAAUAAAUUGUCAAAGUUGCUAAAAUUUC